UUCUUACCCGGUCCGAUCACUUUUCUGGUUCGGGCCCCCUUCCAUUUUCAAAACAUUGCGACAAGCGACUUCAUACUAGGGUUUUUUCAAUUGGGGUGCUCUGACUUGAAAGAAUUCAAAACCCCCUAAAUCUCAAAACCCUCAUCGAUCCUCACUAUAGGAGAAGCAAAUGAGCAGCACAGUACAGAGAACUCCUAAAUCUGGAAGACAAUCGUUGUUCUUCCAUGACUUAGCUUCUCCAAUUUCAAACCGUAAAGGAGGCAAAUUCACAACUCCAGGUCAAGCAGCAGCUGUUUCAGCUCUGUGGCGCGAGAAUUUUGCAACCUCCGAUCUGCCUCCUCCGCCCGUGUUCACCCUCGAAGAUCGCUCGGACUUCUCUCCGGAAUCUGGAAUUCCGGACUUUCCCGUUUCGCCUGAAAUCAAGUCGGACUCGAAAACUCCGGUCCGGAGUUCGGGACCGGAGUUUUCGACUCCAAAGAGCAAGUCCGAGACGAGCACUUCGUAUGCUGUAAUGGGUUUGCAGCAGCAAAAUCAGCAGAGCCCUGUGGGGAGUUUGAGUUGGUGGUCUCCUGGGAAGAGUGGUGAGCAAGAUGAGAAGGGCAAGGGUUCUCCAGUCGAGGCUGUAGUGCAGCCGGGUGCUUUGAUUAUCUUACCGCCUCCAAGGGAUGUUGCGAGACCGGAAAUGCAGAGGAAUUCUUUGCCUGUGGGAAAUCUUGAUGAGGAAGAAUGGGUCACUGUUUAUGGAUUUUCUCCAGGGGACACCAAUUUUGUUCUGCGGGAGUUUGAAAAAUGUGGUGUGAUUUUGAAACAUGUUCCGGGUCCCAGAAAUGCUAAUUGGAUGCAUAUUCUGUAUCAGAAUCGGUCUGAUGCUCAGAAAGCUCUCAGCAAGAAUGGAAUGCAAAUAAAUGGAGUUCUGAUUGUCGGAGUGAAGCCAGUUGAUCCAGCACAACGCCAAAUGCUGAAUGAAAGGAUGAACAAUCACGGAUUCAUGACUUUACCCCCUGCACCAUUGAGUAAAAGUUCAGACCCAAAUCCUUUGAGAGCCUCUCCUCACCCAUACUAUCUUCAAAAUGGAAACAAUAGUGCACCACAAUCAGUGGGUACCAUUGCCACCCCUGUGAAAUCUGUGGUGUCCAAAAUUAUGGAUUUGAUGUUUGGUGUCUAGUUGAGCUCGUUUUGUUUUUUAAUAUACCCCCCUCAGCUUCUUUUUCUUUCUUUAUUUUUAUUUUUAUUAUAUAUAUAUAUAUAUAUUAUUUACGUCUGUAUCUUUUUUAUAUUGUUUGAGGAUGGAAAAUGUAUGAUUAUCUCUUCCGGAAAUAGACAAUU